AUGGCUCGACAUCACCAGAAUCUGUCGGGUCAACUAUCCAGUUCUGACGCCCAACUGGAUGCCACUCUCCAAAGGUUUUGGGAAAUUGAAACGAUUCCCAAACAAUUCGUACACUCCGCUUCCGAAAAGAUUUGUGAAGCAUUCUGCGUUAAAACCACGUCCAUAGAUCCAAGUGGGCGAUACAUCGUUCGCCUACCCAGAACAGAAAAUCCCCAAAUCGAAUUGGGAGAGUCAGAGUUGAUUGCAGAGCGUCGAUUCCUCGCUUUAGAACGCCGUCUAGAGCGAAAUCUCAACAUCAAGUUUGCCUACCAUCAGUUUAUGGAUGAUUACGAACGUCUUGGGCAUAUGAGACGGCUCGAUGAACCGGUUGACAAUACCAAGCUGCACUGUUACCUUCCCCACCAUCCGGUAUUUAAGCUCUCAAGUACCACCACGAAGACUAGGGUAGUGUUUGAUGCUUCGUGUCAAACAACGUCAGGCAGCACACCCAAUGACAUUCUCCUUGUCGGACCGGUCGUUCAAGACGAUUUUUUGUCGCUCGUUAUUCGAUUCUGCUUCCACCGCAUCGCCCUAAAUAGGAACAUCGAAAAGAUGUACCGGUUAGUGCUCCUUCAUGAAGAAGACCAACCGUUGCAGCGCAUCAAAUUGCGUAGUAAUCCAUCCGACCCGAUAACCACAUACCAGCUACCGACCGUAACCUACG